GUGUGUGGUAGGGACGCAAAACGUCGCGAAUAAGCGCGCGAAACGCACGCGCACGCCAUUUUGAUUUAAAAAGUUUGAGGCUAUUGGUAUCGAUUUGUUUUUGAUUUUGUUUUCGAUUUUUCUGUCGUGUAUGAACGGAUUUUAUAAUAAAAAUCCGAAGAGGCAAAGGAAGUGGCUGUCGGUGCAUUCGAAGCGCAGUGCUGUGGGAUAUAGUGAUCGACUUUUGUGUCUGUGCUCUUGAUUAGUGAAUUGUCUAUGGUGUUGUAAUAUUUAAAAAAAUAACUGUCAAAAUGGGGUCGCGGUGGCCGGUGUUUUGGCUGCCAAUACUGCUGGCAGCAUCGGUGUGCGGGAGUGAUAUACUUAUGAUCACAAUGGGCGGCACCAAAUCACAUAAAAUGCCCUUUUGGGAACUCGCUAGAGGCAUGAUCAGAAGAGGACACAACAUAACGUUAAUAAGUGCGUUCCCUCCUGACUUCCACAUCCCGGGUCUAGAGGAGAUAGCGCCGGAAGGCCUGGCCUCCUACGUCCGCGGAUACAUGACCUUCGAUCUGGUGGGAGCCCGCAUGAGGGGAGAGGAACCACUACCGCUGUACGAUAUACUCAGAUAUGGAUAUGAGGCUUGUGAGGCGUUCCUAGACGACUUCGAGACAAGAUCCUUCCUUCGUUCUGGAAGAACCUAUGAUCUUAUCAUACUCGACGGCGCGUAUCCGGAAUGCGCGUUAGGCGUGGUCUAUCGACUUAAAGUACCCUUCAUGUACAUUAACACAGUUGGCUUCUACUCCGGUCCUGCCAGUAUGUCAGGAAGUCCCGCUCCUUUUUCCGUUACACCAUUCUUUGGUAGAGCUUUCACAGAUAAUAUGGGAUUCGUUGACAGAGCAUUGAAUUCAGCUUGGCUUGUCGGUUCCCUAUUUGCUCAUGGAUUUAGUAUGACUAUACUACAAGGAGUAUUGCGUCGACACUUCGGUCAGCAAAUACCUCAUGUAUACGAUAUGGCAAAGAAUGUCAGCUUUGUAUUACAGAAUGGACAUUUCUCUGUAUCCUAUCCAAGACCUUACUUACCAAAUGUAGCUGAAGUCGCCUGUAUUCAUUGUAAGGAACCGAAGAAACUGAACGCUGACAUCGAAGAUUGGAUAGCUGGCGCUGGCGAAGCAGGUUUUGUUUACGUUUCCAUGGGUUCAUCAGUGAGGACGAAUAAGAUGCCACUCGCAGCCCAUCAUAUGAUCGUCAAAGCUCUAGGCCGGUUGCCGCAGAGAGUAUUAUGGAAGCAGGACGCAGAACAGAACCUAACGGACAUUCCUUCAAAUGUGAGGCUAUACAAAUGGCUGCCACAACAAGAUUUACUCGGUCACCCAAGGAUCAAGGCAUUCGUGACUCAUGGUGGUCUACUCAGUAUGUUUGAGACGGUAUACCACGGCGUGCCCAUCGUAUCCAUUCCCGUCUUCUGCGACCAUGAAGCUAACGCAGCGAAAGCUGAAGUCGACGGCUACGCUAAAAUACUAGACCUGCAAUAUCUCACUUCUGAUAAACUGUACAGAGCUAUCAAAGAAGUUAUUGUUGAACCUAAAUACAAAAUUGAAGUGAAAAAGAGACAAAUAUUACUAAGAGAUCAGAAAGAGACUCCAUUAGAGAGAGCCAUCUAUUGGACGGAAUAUGUAAUUAGGCACAAAGGAGCGUAUCAUUUAUUGUCGCCAGCCAAAGACCUCAACUUCUUCCAGUAUUACCUUUUAGAUGUUGCUUUCGCUUUCUUCAUUCUUUUAAUUACUAUUUCAGUUCUUAUAGCGUUUGUAAUAAGGCGCAGUUUUAAUUGGCUAGUCGAUUACUUACAAAGUAGACGUAUGGAUAAAUUGCUCGACAAUUCUAGUGAUUUAUUAAAAAGUUCUAAGCAACUAAUUGACAGUAAUACGAUAGUUAAGAAGAAUUUAUAAGAUUUAUGUAUGAAUAUUUUAUUGUAAGUUUAGAUUUAAAGACUAGAGCUCAAAGUGAAUAAGAAAAAAAAAUACAGACGAAUUGAGCGCCUCCUUAUUUUGG